AUGAUGCAGCAAAGCUCCAAGAUUCACGGUCACACUGCUGAGGAGAGCGUCCCCCUCCGGACCUCCCAAACAGCCCCCAAAAAGUCCCAUGAUCCUUGGACACAUCUCAUAGCCGGCGCGAGCGGAGGUGUCGCGACCGCAAUUGUCACAUCACCCCUUGAUGUCCUCCGAACACGUCUCCAAUCGGAUUUCUACCAACCUAUCUCCCGAACCCCCGGUUCUACCGUCAUUCCUCCCAAAGCAAACCACAAAACCCUCCGCAUCAUCGGCAACAUCUACAAAGCUGAGGGCUGGCGCGCAUUCUUCCGCGGCCUUGGACCUAGUCUUGCAGGUGUGGUCCCAGCCACCGCUAUCAAAUUCUAUGUCUACGGAAACUGCAAGCGCAUCGGCGCUCAGGUCUUCGGUUUAGGCGAAGAUUCUACCCUUAUUCACGCUCAAGCCGCCAUCUCCGCUGGUAUUGCUACUGCAACUGCCACCAACCCCAUCUGGCUAGUGAAGACAAGAUUGCAACUUGAUCGAGCCCAAACAGCUACCGGAGCUCGCCGGUACCGCAACAGUCUCGACUGCGUGCAGCAGGUUCUUCGUCAGGAAGGUGUCCGCGGCUUGUACAAGGGACUGAGCGCCAGUUACCUGGGCUCCGUCGAGACGGCAUUGCACCUGGUCCUUUAUGAGCGUUUGAAGACUAUGAUGGCCCAGUCGCUCGGGUCACCAGAUGGCAAGGACACGGCCGCGCAGAAGGAAAUCACUAGCUGGAUUAGUACGACCGGAGCUGCAGGCUCAGCCAAAUUUGCCGCUGCUUUGAUCGCAUACCCGCACGAGGUUAUCCGAACACGACUCCGUCAGGCACCGCUCGAGAACGGCGUCCCCAAGUACACUGGCCUAGUGCAGUGCUUCGGACUGAUUGCCAAGGAAGAAGGAAUGGCCGGCCUUUACGGUGGUCUGAUGCCGCACAUGGUGCGCUCGAUUCCCUCCGCCAUCAUCACACUCGGAGUCUACGAAUUCGUCCUGAGAUUUGUGGGCACCUCAUAA